AUGUAUCUGGUGGCAGCACUGUCCAACAAGAACUGUUCAAUGCUGUCCCUACGUGUCCUAGUCCUGAACCAAGCAACGCAGAGUCAUCCAGCUGUCUGUGGAGACACAUCACCAAACAGCGAUACUGUCCACCUAAUACACCCGGACACAGGUGAUAACGACACGCCUGUGGUCACAGUGUGGUUAGUCACAGGUGAUAACGACACGCCUGUGGUCACAGUGUGGUUAGUCACAGGUGAUAAUGACACGCCUCUGGUCACAGUGUGUUUAGUCACAGGUGAUAACGACACGCCUGUGGUCACAGUGUGGUUAGUCACAGGUGAUAACGACACACCUGUGGUCACAGUGUGGUUAGUCACAGGUGAUAAUGACACGCCUGUGGUCACAGUGUGUUUAGUCACAGGUGAUAACGACACGCCUGUGGUCACAGUGUGGUUAGUCACAGGUGAUAAUGACACGCCUGUGGUCACAGUGUGUUUAGUCACAGGUGAUAAUGACACGCCUGUGGUCACAGUGUGGUUAGUCACAGGUGAUAAUGACACGCCUGUGGUCACAGUGUGUUUAGUCACAGGUGAUAACGACACGCCUGUGGUCACAGUGUGGUUAGUCACAGGUGAUAAUGACACGCCUGUGGUCACAGUGUGUUUAGUCACAGGUGAUAACGACACGCCUGUGGUCACAGUGUGGUUAGUCACAGGUGAUAACGACACGCCUGUGGUCACAGUGUGGUUAGUCACAGGUGAUAAUGACACGCCUGUGGUCACAGUGUGUUUAGUCACAGGUGAUAACGACACGCCUGUGGUCACAGUGUGGUUAGUCACAGGUGAUAAUGACACGCCUGUGGUCACAGUGUGUUUAGUCACAGGUGAUAAUGACACGCCUGUGGUCACAGUGUGGUUAGUCACAGGUGAUAACGACACGCCUGUGGUCACAGUGUGUUUAGUCACAGGUGCUGUGUAACAGCCAGGAUAUGACUGUAUGAACUAUAAUCGCCAAGGAAGAUGUUUUAUCUAUGUUUUACUGUCAAAUAACAACAAAAGAGACUCAGUGUUUGUAAAAAGCACAACUGGCUGGUUCUUGUUUUUAGAAACGUGCAGUACGUCAUUAGGUUAGUCUGGUGACUCGUCUGCAGCCUAUAGUCACUCUAAAGGUACUCAUUCGCGUCUUUACAGCCACUGUCCGGUGUCUACAGUCUCAUAGGAACCAGGGUGUAAAAUAUAUCAUAGAAUAAUUCCAUAUCACACUACUGUACUUAUCUAAGAACCAAACUGCUGCUGCUAGUGUCUCCAUGGGGCUCAUCAACGCCAUUAGUCGUGUAUUUACUUUUAAUGAUGUUAACUUAUUCCCUUGUACUAUCGGAUGUUUGUGUCAUACUGUGACGCUUAUGUUUAUGUCGAUCCCUCCCAAAGAAGAACUGGUGUUUUAUUUUGGAGAAUGCUCCAGUGAGGUACAGUGGGGGGUCUUUUUCUGUCCCUCUGCUGUCUCUCUCGGAAGCCCGUUGACCCACGAGUGAACUGGCGUUUUAAUCCAAGGCCACAUGUCACUGAUGUCGUUUGCAGACGGGUGUUUCAAAAUAUGGGAUCUGGUGUAGGACAGAUAACACAUCAAGCAAUGUUAUGUUCAUGUGCUUCAGCUAAGAGCCCCCCCCCCCCCCCCCCACCCGUUUGUUUGAAGCAUAUAUUUUCUGCAUGCACUGACUGGGACCACUUAUUGAAGACUUGGACUUUAUUUUACUGCAUAUGGUGGCACAUCAUUUCAUAAUACAUGCUCACGAUACUGGCGUUUUGUCUGACUACUAUCCAGACCCCAACAUGGAGCCAUCUAUCCCUCAUCUGUGUGUCGGCACUCUGAAAGGAUUUCAUACGAUACCUGACAUGUACAACCAUGUCUUAACAUACCGAAAGCUGCAUAUCAAUGUUUCAGCAGGGCUUGUUCUCUCUUAUCUGUGUGGACCAUUUCGCUAAACGAGAACAAGAGAGACACUGCACAGCUAUUUCAUCUGAUACAACCACUCACUUGUGUUUUUUUUCUUCUCUCUGCUUGUACACCGACACUGUCAACCCUUUUCCUGGGUUCCAUCCUUUGUGAAAUGGCACCGCCUGGGUUGUGGACUAACGUGUGCACUGACUGACCACUGAGCAGUGCAGAACUAAAGAGACUGUCUGUGCGCUGUAGGCUAUGAUGCUUUUUCUGGUGACUAUACCAAUGGCAGGAGUUGUGGCUGUGUAGUAUGUAUGUAUGUAUGUACAGUAUGUAUGUACACUGAGGUUGUGUGUGUGUGUUUGUGAGAUAAGCCCUAUAUGCUCCCUUGCUGAUUGAAAUCUCUGUCUACCUGCAAUCUUAAGGCAAUGUUAAAACGCUAAACCUCUCUAUAUAGUGGAUGUGUGUUGUUGAAACCGCUGCACGUACAUGAGGAUGUGGUACGACUUGGAUACAACUACUGUGCGUGUUUGCUUGUCUGCUGUAAAAGCAUUACUACUAAAAAGUGUUGACUUCUGUGUCUGUGUUCCUCUUUGUGGGUUCUGUUUACCCUCACAGGAUGUACAUAGUGAUGACGUGAUGAGGUGCAAUGCACAAAUAAAUAGAGAAGUAGAACAUGGAGUGAGAAACAACAGACCAA